UGGCAACAUUGCGCAUUUUAUCUUCAACCAAAUUGAUAAACAUAUGAUAUGAAGUAAUAAUUUUAACCUUCAACAUUCGUCUUUUGCUCUGGCGAUUUAGCGAAGUCAUUGUGAGAUCGAACUAUUUGAAAGAUGAUGACUUUAACAGAAGAAGCAUCCAAUAAAAUAUUUGGAGGAUACCAAAAAGUCUUUUCACAUGAUUCCAAAGAAGUAGGUUGUAAAAUGAGAUUUGGAGUAUAUUUACCACCGCAAGCUGAAGAAGGAAAAAAAUUACCCGUUAUAUAUUGGCUUUCGGGACUAACGUGUUCAGAGGCUAAUUUUAUUGAAAAAGCAGGGGCACAAAAAUAUGCUGCUGAAUAUGGUGUAAUCAUAGUGAAUCCUGAUACAUCUCCUAGAGGCAUCAACCUUCCUGGUGAUUCUGAAAGCUGGGACUUUGGAGUAGGUGCUGGUUUUUAUAUAAAUGCUUCACAAGAACCAUGGAAAAAAAACUAUAGAAUGUUCAGUUAUGUUACAUCAGAAUUACCUCAAAUUAUUAACGGUAAUUUUCCAGUUGCUGAAGGACUGCAAUCAAUAAUGGGACACAGUAUGGGAGGUCACGGAGCACUAAUCAGUGCAUUGAAGAAUCCAGGAUUUUACAAGUCUGUUUCCACAUUUGCAGCCAUUUCUAAUCCUAUUAAUUGCCCUUGGGGUGUUAAAGCUUUCAGUGGAUAUCUGGGACCACAAGAAACUUCUUCUUGGGCUGAUUGGGAUGCAACUGAAUUAGUUAAGAAAUAUAAUGGACCACCUUUAGAGUUAUUGUUGGAUCAGGGAUUGGAGGACAACUUCUUGAAAUCCAAACAACUUCUACCGGAAAAUCUUGUAGAAGCCUGUAAAGUUUCAGGAGUUCCUGUUAUUUUGAACAAGAGGGAAGGAUACAAUCACAGUUACUUUUAUAUUGCUUCCUUCAUCGGGGAACAUAUGAAAUACCAUGCGGAACAUUUGCUCUCUAAAAAACUGUAAUUUACAAGUCUUUGUUGCCUUUUGAUGUUUAUAUUUUUGUUAAAUAAAAUUUUGAAAGUAA